GGUGGACAGAGGUGUGUACGCCGGCAGAAGCACUUUAAUGAGAAGCCAUGGAGGACAAGGCACAGAUACAAGAAGCGAUUAAAAUCCAAGGUGAAGUCGUCCGGAAGUUAAAGUCAGAGAAGGCGAGCAAAGAGCAGUGCUAGGGUUGCUUACCACUUUUCUCCUGUUCUUCCUGCCUGACUGUGGAUGACCUCGACUCGCCUUGCCCCUAAUCAUCAACUUCAUCUGCGUCUGGGGAAUCCAACCCUCCCGGACGUUACUGCACAACGCUCCUUCUACCGACCAUUGUGAUUGGCUGCUGUGGCUGGCCCUGGACAAUACCUAUGAUGCACUCCUGAACUUGUGCUUGUCCAAUUUCUGGACUAUUUUUUUUUUUUUUAUAAAAACUUAUUUUUUUGUAUCCCCCCGUUCUGUGGGAUGAACAUGCUGGGCGUGUUUUGUAUUCGUGCUUGCUCUGGUCUGGUGGGCUCUCGGACUGCAACACGUGUCCGAUCUCUGCACUCUUUUCCGGGGAUCACUGUGGCUCAGAUUGAUGAGGAGGUGGCCAAACUUCUGGAGCUGAAGGCUCAGUUAGGAGGAGAUGAUGGCAAACAUCAGUUUGUGCUUAAGACAGCAAAGGGAACGAGGGACUACAACCCCAAGCAGAUGGCCAUCAGAGAGAAAGUCUUCAACACCAUCAUCGGCUGCUUCAAACGCCACGGAGCAGAGACCAUCGACACGCCUGUUUUUGAACUAAAGGAAACGUUGACAGGGAAGUAUGGAGAGGAUUCCAAGCUCAUCUACGAUCUCAAAGACCAAGGAGGAGAGCUGCUGUCCCUCAGAUAUGACCUCACUGUGCCCUUUGCCCGCUACCUGGCAAUGAACAAGAUAACCAACAUCAAACGCUACCACAUUGCCAAGGUCUAUCGCCGUGACAACCCAGCCAUGACCCGCGGACGCUACCGAGAGUUUUACCAAUGUGACUUCGACAUAGCAGGGCAGUAUGACGCCAUGAUCCCAGACGCCGAGUGUCUGAAGAUCGUCUACGAAAUCCUGAGUGAGCUGGACCUCGGAGACUUCCGCAUCAAGGUCAACGACAGACGCAUCCUCGAUGGGAUGUUUGCUGUAUGUGGUGUUCCAGACGACAAGUUCCGUACCAUCUGUUCAACAGUGGAUAAACUGGAUAAGAUGGCUUGGGAGGACGUGAAGAAGGAGAUGGUGAAUGAGAAGGGCUUGUCAGAGGAAGCUGCCGACCAGAUUGGGGAGUACGUCAGUAUGCAGGGUGGAAUGGACCUAGCAGAACGCCUCCUUCAGGACCAGAAGAUGUCUCAGAGUAAGCAGGCCUGUGCUGGCCUCUCAGACAUCAAGCAGCUCUUCAGCUACCUGCAGCUCUUCCAGGUCACAGACAAGGUGGUGUUCGACCUCAGUCUGGCCCGCGGCCUGGACUAUUACACAGGAAUCAUUUAUGAGGCAGUGCUGACUCAGGCAGGUGUGGCUCCGGUAACCAAUGACAACCAACAGGGGGCAAAUACAGAGGAGAACGUCAGCGUGGGCAGCGUGGCCGGAGGGGGUCGCUAUGACGGCCUGGUGGGCAUGUUCGACCCAAAGGGCAGGAAAGUGCCGUGUGUGGGCGUCAGCAUUGGCAUCGAGAGGAUCUUCUCCAUCAUGGAGCAGAAGGCUGAGCUCUCAGCGGAGAGGGUUCGUACCACAGAGGUUCAGGUCAUGGUGGCGUCUGCUCAGAAGAACCUCCUGGAGGAGAGACUCCGACUCGUCACUGAGCUCUGGAAUGCUGGGAUUAAGGCAGAGGUGAUGUACAAGAAGAGCCCCAAACUGCUGAGUCAGCUGCAGCACUGUGAGGAGUCGGGCAUCCCCCUGGUGGCUAUACUGGGAGAACAGGAGCUGAAGGAUGGAGUGGUCAAACUACGCGACGUGGCCACCAGAGAGGAGUUUGAUAUUUCCAGAGCUGAGCUGAUCGCUGAGAUCAGGAGGAGGACCUCUGAGGCGUAGGUAGCCGCUCCUUCCUGUGGAGCUACAGCCUCUCAUCAGCCGCAUCACCCGAUUGGUUCAAACACAAGACGCUCUGCGCUCUUCAAGCGAUACAAACCUUUACGCUGAAUUUCUUGUCUAGUCCUCUCUAAAGCAUGUUGGACAUCGGUGCAGCCUUACACUGAAAACACACACACCCAGUCUCAUUUUCACAGCAGCGACAUACACUAGUGUUAAAUGGAGCCCGUGUGUUAAGACUUUAACAGAGCAGGAAACCAAAAGCAAAUGACGCUAACUGGAGGUUUUGUAUGUUCUGGGUGUUCUCUAUCAUUAGAGAACAUCCAGAACAUGAACAGCAAUCAUGUAAAUGUAGGAAUUCUGUAUCCGAGGGACACGUACCUGCUUUCAUUAUCAUCGUACAGUGGUGUGCUCUGAGCAACAGAUGCUGCUAAUCAAGCGAUUCAUGUCCAAGCAAUGUUUCUUAGACUCCGUCAGAUGAAGCUGCUGGAGGUCAGUUUGGUCUUCAUCACCAUCAGUAAGGAAAAUCCAUUUUUAGAGCAGCGUCCCCCUUUUAUCUGCUCAGGACCAAGGAUGAGACACUCUGUUACUGUCUACCUGAAUCCAUCGACGAGUUGCUGCAGUUCAACUUCUAACUUCAACUGUUAACAAACAGGCUCAUUUCUACCUUUAUCAAACAGGCUUGCUCUGUCCAGUGUCUUAAAUAAACACACUCAUGUUCAUCA